AUGCUCGCUCUAUCGGAUUAUCCACCGACAUGGGACGAUCCCGGCCCAAACAUCGACUGGGGAAUCAAAAAACUUUGUAAAGCAGGGGAAAUACCAAACAUUACACAGAACAUUUUCCGUGAACACGUACAACGACACUACAGCAAUCAUAUACAAAUAUACACUGAUGGGUCGUAUACACCAAACGCAAUCGGGAUAGGAGUUGCAGGUCAAUUGGGAAACAAACAUCGACAAAUAUCAGCACCAAGCUCUAGUUUUUCAGCGGAAGCAGCAGCGCUCUAUUUGGGAGUGAAAAUGGCUCCGUCAAACAACCAGACAGUGAUAUUCACCGGCUCAGCUAGCGUACUUGCAGCCUUACAAAGUGGUACGCACAAUCACCCGUGGAUACAGCGUCUCGAAGUCUAUCGCAACGACAACGUAACCUUUUGUUGGGUCCCUGCUCAUUGUGGGAUACGAGGCAAUGAGGAGGCCGAUCGGCUGGCAAAUCUCGGUAGAAGUGAAAAAGUUUGGAAAAGUAACGUUCCAGGGCCAGAUCUGAAAAGAUUUAUAACCGACAAAAUUCAAAAUCGCUGGAAUGAGCAAUGGAGAAAUACCACGGAUAACUUUACCAGGAAAAUUAAACACACAACGGAAAAAUGGACUGACCGAAGUGACUGGCGGGAACAGAAAGUGCUCUCUCGGCUAAGAAUCGGACAUACCCGCAUCACACAUGGCCAUCGAAUAGACAGUCGCACACCCACACCGACCUGCGAAAUUUGCGGAAUUCGUUUAACUGUAGAACAUAUCCUCAUGUCAUGCCCAAAGUAUGAACAUCAAAGAAACAAACACAAGUUUCCAUGCAAUAUUCGGGAAAUUUUGAGCAAUGACGCCUCUGCAGAAACUGUUGUAAUCAGCUUUCUCAAAGAAAACCAAAUUUACGAAAAUAUUUAA